AUGACUCAGAAGGAGUUGAACCUACGGCAGCGGAGAUGGUUGGAGUUGAUAAAAGACUACGACUUGAUAAUUGACUACCACAUGGGAAAAGAAAAUAUAGUCGCCGACGCUCUAAGUAAAAAGUCAUUAUUCGCCUUGGGGGCCAUGAAAACUCAAUUGUCGAUGGCAAAUGAUGGUUAUAUUCUAGCAGAACUGAGAGCUAGACUGAUGUUCCUUCAAGAGAUCUAUGAAGCUCAGAAGGGUGAAAAGGAAUUGGAAGCCAAAAUAACUCAAAAUAAGAUAGAUUGUGAAUCAGACUUUCAGAUUAGUACCAAUGGGUGUAUAAUGUUCAAAAAUAGGGUUUGUGUACCCAAGGACAAUGAGGUUAUUCAGAGGAUUCUAUGA